CUCACACUGGGCUGCAGGAGGGGCUGAGCGGCAGCUUGUGUGAAGCCAACUGGAAUUAAAAUACGGAGAAAAAGGGACUUCUUUCCUGAACUUUCAAAAUAAAACACUCAUCGCCUACCAUUUUUUUCUUCUAUGUUAAGUUGCAGUAGGAUUUGAGAGCUGAAGUUUAGACUACAGCUGUCAUGUACCUGUCGAAGUAGACAACUGAGACUACAUCAGUCGAUGUAAGGCUGUGGAGUGUGAUAAUAAAAUGGUUUCAGAAAUACCACAAUCACCAAGGAGGAUGUUUUCCACUACAACCUCAACCUAAAGAGGCUAAAGGCCUGUUGUUUCUGUCCUGCUGUCUGUCCUCAGGACCCGGGCAGAUCUGAAGGAGGAGGCAGCCAUGGCAAAGAAUAAAAAUGUAAAAAAUGGGGACAUAAGUGAAAGCAAGCACAAUGGCAAAGAGAAGGUCAAGGAAAAGAAAGAAAAAGAGGAGAAGUUGCCCAUGGUCGGCCCCAUUGCUCUGUUCAGGUUUGCAGAUGGCUGGGACAUAGUGUUGCUCCUCCUGGGGACGGUCAUGGCCAUGGCCAACGGGGUUGUGCUCCCUCUCAUGUGUAUUGUGUUUGGGGACAUGACGGACAGCUUCGUGGGCGACUCCCAGCUGUCCCAGAACAUCAGCAGCAUCCCAAAUAUUACCAUCCAAUUCAACAGCACCCUAGGAGAAGACAUGACUCGCUACGCCAUCUACUACUCCAUCAUGGGGGCAGUCGUGUUAGUGGCAGCCUACAUGCAAGUGGCCUUCUGGACUCUGGCGGCGGGGCGGCAGGUCAAACGGGUCCGCAAGCUCUUUUUCCACUGCAUCAUGCAGCAGGACAUCGGCUGGUUCGACGUCAACGAGACAGGGGAGCUGAACACUCGCCUCACUGAUGACGUCUAUAAGAUCCAAGAGGGCAUAGGGGACAAGGUGGGGAUGCUGAUCCAGUCCUUCACCACCUUCCUCUCCUCCUUCGUCAUUGGCUUCAUCAAAGGCUGGAAGCUCACCCUCGUCAUCCUGGCUGUCAGCCCCGUGUUGGGCAUAUCAGCUGGAUUCUUUAGUAAGGUGCUGACAUCCUUCACGUCUAAAGAGCAGACUGCAUAUGCCAAGGCUGGAGCUGUGGCUGAAGAAGUGCUCUCUGCUGUCAGGACAGUUUUUGCCUUCAGUGGUCAGGAGAGAGAGAUCAAGAGAUAUUAUAAGAACUUGGAGGAUGCUAAGAACAUGGGCAUAAAGAAGGCGAUCUCUGCUAACAUCGCCAUGGGUUUCACCUUCCUCAUGAUCUACAUGUCCUACGCUCUCGCCUUCUGGUAUGGCAGCACACUCAUCCUGGCUGAUGAGUACACCAUUGGAACUGUGCUCACAGUGUUCUUUGUUGUGAUUAUUGGAGCGUUCGCCAUGGGACAGACCUCACCCAACAUCCAGUCAUUUGCCAGCGCCCGGGGAGCUGCACACAAAGUGUACAACAUCAUUGACAACAAACCGAGCAUCAACAGUUACUCAGAAGACGGUUUCAAGCCCGACUCUGUUAAAGGAAACAUCGAGUUCAAGAACAUCCACUUCAGCUACCCGUCCAGGCCUGAUGUCAAAGUAUUAAACAAUAUGUCUCUGAGCGUGCAGUGUGGGCAGACCAUGGCCCUGGUGGGCAGCAGCGGCUGUGGGAAGAGCACCACGGUUCAGCUGCUGCAGAGGUUCUACGAUCCUCAGGAGGGAUCUGUGUUCAUAGACGGUCAUGACAUCCGCACUCUUAACGUGCGGUGCCUUAGAGAGAUGCUUGGAGUGGUGAGUCAGGAGCCCAUCCUCUUCGCCACCACCAUCGCCGAAAACAUCAGAUAUGGGCGACCGGAUGUGACACAGCAAGAGAUUGAGAAAGCCACCAAGGAAGCAAACGCUUACGACUUCAUCAUGAAUCUCCCUGAUAAGUUUGAGACGCUGGUCGGGGACCGAGGGACUCAGAUGAGUGGAGGACAGAAGCAGAGGAUCGCCAUCGCCCGCGCUCUCGUCCGCAAUCCCAAGAUCCUCCUGCUGGACGAGGCCACGUCAGCCCUCGACGCUGAGAGUGAGACCAUCGUACAGGCUGCCCUUGACAAGGCCAGACAGGGUCGCACCACCAUCGUCGUUGCCCACCGUCUCUCUACGAUCAGAAACGCCGAUGUCAUUGCCGGCUUCCAGAAAGGAGUAAUUGUAGAGCUGGGCGCUCACAGCGAGCUGAUGGAAAAACAAGGAGUGUACCACACGCUGGUGACCAUGCAGACCUUUCAGAAAGUGGAGGAGAAUGAGGAGGCAGAGUGUGAGCAGGCAGAUGAGAAGAGCCCGUCCGUCAUGUCGUUCUCUGAGACAUCUUUAUACAGAAGGAAGUACACAAAGGGCUCCUCCUUCAUUGGAUCUGAGGGAGAGCCGGGAGAGAAGGGAAAGGAGGUGGAGGAGGAUGAUAAAGACAAGACCAACGAGGAAGAGAAAGCUCCUCCUGUCUCAUUCCUGGAGGUUCUGCGUCUCAACCUCCCUGAGUGGCACUACAUUGUGGUCGGGGUCAUCUGUGCCACCAUUAACGGAGCAAUGCAGCCCGUCUUCGCCAUCAUCUUCUCCAAGAUCAUCGCUGUGUUUGCGGAGACAGAUGAUGAGAUUGUCAGACAGAGAGCCACCCUCUUUUCCCUCAUGUUUGCCGUCAUUGGGGCUGUGUCCUUUGUCACUAUGUUUCUACAGGGCUUCUGCUUUGGCAAAGCCGGUGAGAUCCUGACAAUGAAACUGAGAUUCAGAGCUUUUAAAGCCAUGAUGAGACAGGACCUUGGAUGGUAUGAUGAUCCCAAAAACAGUGUUGGAGCUCUCACUACCAGAUUAGCCACAGAUGCAGCCCAAGUGCAGGGGGCCACAGGAGUGCGCAUGGCCACCCUGGCCCAGAACGUCGCCAACCUCGGCACCAGCGUGAUCAUCUCUUUUGUUUAUGGCUGGGAGCUGACGCUGUUGAUCCUGUCCGUGGUGCCCGUCAUGGCUGUGGCUGGAGCCGUGCAGAUGAAGCUGCUCGGUGGGCACGCUGCCAAAGACAAGAAGGAACUGGAAAAGGCUGGAAAGAUUGCCACAGAGGCGAUAGAGAAUAUCCGCACUGUUGCCUCUCUCACCAGAGAACCAAAGUUUGAGUCUUUAUACCAGGAAAACCUCCAAGUGCCUUACAAAAACUCCCAAAAGAAGGCCCAUAUCUAUGGGAUCACCUUCUCCUUCUCCCAGGCCAUGAUCUACUUUGCUUAUGCUGGCUGUUUCCGCUUCGGAGCUUGGCUCAUUGAGGCAGGAAGGAUGGACUUUGAAAGCGUAUUCCUAGUGAUUUCUGCUGUUCUUUACGGCGCCAUGGCUGUAGGAGAGGCCAACUCCUUCACUCCAAACUACGCCAAAGCCAAAAUGUCAGCCUCCCACCUCAUCAUGCUGAUGAACAGAGAGCCCGCCAUAGACAACCUCUCGGAGGAGGGAGAGUCACCGGACAAAUUUGAUGGUAACGUGCGUUUUGAGGCUGUUCGGUUUAAUUAUCCCUCACGCAGUGACGUGCCCAUCCUGCAAGGGCUGAAUCUGAAGGUGAGCAAGGGAGAGACUUUGGCCCUGGUGGGGAGCAGCGGCUGUGGCAAGAGCACCACCAUCCAGCUGCUGGAGCGAUUCUACGACCCCAGAGAAGGGACAGUGAUGCUGGACAAGAGAGACGUGAAAGAGCUGAACAUCCACUGGCUGAGAGCCCAGAUGGGCAUUGUAUCCCAGGAGCCCGUGCUGUUCGACUGCAGCCUGGCUGACAACAUUGCCUACGGAGACAACAGCCGAACCGUGACUACGGAGGAAAUAGAGGCAGCGGCCAGAGCAGCCAACAUUCACACCUUCAUAGAAACCCUGCCACAGAAAUACGACACCCAGGCAGGGGAUAAGGGGACCCAGCUGUCAGGAGGCCAGAAGCAGCGGAUAGCCAUAGCCCGAGCCAUCCUCCGCAACCCCAAAGUGCUGCUGCUGGAUGAGGCCACGUCUGCACUGGACACCGAGAGUGAGAAGGUGGUGCAGGAGGCGCUGGACCAGGCCAGGCAGGGCAGGACGUGCAUCGUCGUGGCCCACCGCCUGUCCACCAUCCAAAACGCAGACCGCAUCGCCGUCUUUCAGGGGGGUGUGGUGGUCGAACAGGGGAAACAUCACGAACUGCUGGCCAAGAAGGGAGUCUACUACACUCUGGUCACCACACAGAUGGGCUACGGGAAGGAAUGAGGGAGCAGAGAGAGAGAGAGAGAGAGAGAGAGAGAAAGAUGCAGUGAUGCAAUACUGCACCACUUUUGAUGAUUUAACCCUUAUUUCUUCCAGGAGAUUUCACUGAGGACCUCCACUGUUUAUGAUCAGCCUCCUACUAUUGACAGCUUCAAUGGAGCAGCUGGCUGGUGAAUGGCCUGCUCAAGGGCACUGAGUUUCCCUCUAGCCUAUUUGGAGGUGUGACCCAGUGACCGUUUAGCAUCGCCAGCUAAAUGUCCCAACCAGCUGUAGCUUUCUGGGUCAAAGACUCAAACAGUCUUGUUAGGACGAGGCAAAUGACCUCGCAGUCAAAGACCUGCUGCUCAAACCUCUGUGCCACAACCUAUUUCUUGUUUUUCUAGCUUUCUAUAUUUUCUAUAUUUUGAAAAUACCCAUUUGCUUCAGUUGUAGCUCGCAAAUUGGGACGUUCUGGUCAGUACUCUUUCCUCCAGGGUGGAGCUGCUUGAUACUUUAGCUGUUCUUGGCCUUUAGUGCCUCCUUCCUCCUUCAAGUGCCAAAUACUGACAACUAUGUGCACUGUUAAACAAUACACUGGAUUCAAUAUGCAUCAUACAGCUACGCCUGUAAUACUGGUAUCUCAUCAUCAUAGAACAAAUUGUGCCAUAUAUGUAUCAUGGGAUCAUCUUUAGAUAAUUAUUUUGCUAUUGUUGAUUAUUAUUCUGAGAUUUAGCUACUUGUACAGACUGUGACUUCAUAAUGCUAGAGUGGAAAUGCUUGAACAGUUUUGUUACAGCUGGGGAAAAAAAUCAUGUGUCAUGUGAAUUUUUGUAUCAGACAAGCACUUAAAUUAUUAGGAAUCACAUUCUGUUUUUACAAAUGCACUGAAUUACUAACCUUUGUUGGAGAAUUAGCUUUAAUGUAAAUAUUAAAGUUUUAU